CCUUUCUCCUCGCUGUCUCGCCCGAUGUAGAGAGAGAGAGCGAGAGCUCGCCUCCUUCCUUCCAGAUCGCCACCGCCACCUACCUCUAGCGGAGCUCGCCACCGUCCAUGGCCUCCCCCACGCCCUACUCCUCUCACCCCUCCCCUUCCCCCACCCAUAAUUUGGCCAUAAUUCUUCCUCCCCCAGCCCCGACCACCCCCCUUCCGCCACCCCCGCCCGCUCUGCCUAAUCCACCGCUGCCCCCGACGCCAUGGCGGACGCCGACAGCAGCAGCAACCCGCUGCUCGCCGACUUCGACUUCCCGCCCUUCGACUGCGUCGAGCCCGCGCAACUCUCUGUCUCUUCCAUUCCCCUCCUGAUUCACGCCCAUCCCACGGCGCCGCCGCCGCCGCCCACCACCCCCACCCCGGCGACCUCCCCACCGGCGAUUCCCUACAUCCAUCGCCUGCACCUUCUCUCCCAGUCUCAGAUCGACCCGGCGGCCAGGACCCACCCGAAGUGACGGAGGUCGGCUGCGUCGCCCCGCCACCGCCUCCUUCCUUUCUCCCUCAGGGCGCUCGAAGAUCCCGUGCUCGCUGCGCCUCCUCUGCCCCGACCUUCUCCAAGCCAUCCAUGGAGCUCCAUCAUCAAGGUGUUUGAUUCGUUUCGAUUUCGAUUUGCUUCUGCUUUUGUUUGUUGCUCAGUUCUGUACUGUUGGUGAUGCCAUGGUCCUCCCUUUCCAUUGCUACAGGAGAAGAAGAAAAAACCCUAGCUAGGCCUGGAGGAUGUAUUGGAUUGGAGAACCACCCGAGCAGGGAGGGAGGAAGCAAGGAAGGUCACCAUGGACCUCGCCCAACUCCCACCCAUCUUCCUGCCUGCAGCUGCAGGUCGCGGUGACCACCAAGAAGACACCCAACUUCCGCAUCCCGAACUACCCGAGCCUGACGUCGCAGCUGCUGUGUCAAGUCCACAACAUCACCAUGCAUGUAGGUGUACUUGGUUCAUCUUCAGGUUCAGGUGUAGGGGGGUUCCGAAAAUGCCCGACUCCAACGGCAACGGCAUGCACCACAAGAAGGAUGAUGGCCUCUUCACCUACUCCGGCCCCGUCCUCCCCGACGCCUGGUCGUGGCCCUGUGCACGGCGGACGCGGCUUGGUCGCUUCCUCCGGGAACCCUAUCCCGUCGAUCUUGGUGCGGCGGUGAGCACAUCCACCAGAUCUGCCGGCGGGCAUCAAGGCCGUGGCUUGGACCUUGCCGCCCUCUACCAAGGAAGGAGUGAGCUCGCGCAGAUGGCGGUGGCCGUGCUCCACCAGCUGUUUUGUGGUUCCUGCAAUCAGGGGAGUUCCUCUCAAGACAGUGCCCUCCCCCUUCUGCUUCUUCUACUACCUACUGUUGCUGCUGUUGCUGAUUGGUCUAUGCACGGUACAAUGGGAGCAAGCUCAUCCUCCUCAAUCCCUAGCUAUUGCACGACUGCCGGGGUGCAUACAGCAUCUCGACCUCUUAUUGUAGUAGCUGGUGAAGUGCGAAUCAAAGUCUGAAGCUGUGAAGUAUAUCAACAAACAGUAGCAUAUUAUGUGUUGUAAUUGUAGGCAGUAGUAGGCAUAUCCGGCUUGUAGUAUACUGUAAUGAUUGUAAUAGACCAAUGUAGUGUUGUUUUGGAUGACUUUCGUUUGCUCUCUAGUCUGAUAAUUAUUGUGUAUGUGAUUUGAAUACCUGUGAAAUGAUAUAAUGGUUGUUUGGCAAAGUUCGAAAUUUUUGAUGUGUGGGACCAAUUUUGGGAUAAGCA